UUAACACAAAUCCAGCACAUUAGGGCUGAAUUAUUCUCUCAAACUGAAACCACACUGUUCCACUUUGUGAUGUCAAGUCAUGUUUUUAAACUCCAUACACCUUCACUAGAAUCAUUUGGAUCAUUUCAGAGAUGUAAAAAGACUAAUAAUCCAGGAUUACGAAACACAACUCCAGGUAUGAUUUUGAUGAGGUAACAUUAUAACAUGUCUUAAAGCUCAAGAGUCAGUUUUACAUAAAAUAGGACCUUUAAGAACUAAUCUUAAAGCUGAUUGAAGGUUACACAUCAGUGUAAUGCUUUGGGUUCUUAAAGUGAAUGACAGUUUUCAAAUUAUUACUUGGUUGGGUAGGAUAGUACCUGUUGUGAAUAUUUAUCUCACAUUUCUUAUCAGUUAAACGUGCACCAUAUAACUUUUUUGGCAGUGUGUCCACCACCUUUUGGUCUCAGUGGGGAUGUUAUUGUUUUGCCUGGAAAAUUCUACAGUAAGACAUUAAAUUUUUUUAUUUAUCUUUUCUGUUUUAUUCCAUUAGAGGUUUUUAUUGCUUAAAAAUAUAAUGAACAGAUGACUCUCUCCAUAGAUCUGACCUGUAUCAAGGUCUGAUUUAAUUUCUGCUUAUCUUUAUGGAGAUGGAUGAGUUCAAUGCUUCAAUGUGGUUAAUUCCAGACCCUCUCACACCUUUAGUUUGUGGACAAAAAUACCGGAAGCAGCUUUGUACCUCAACUAAUAUCAUCAACACGAAAGAUUCUGUAUUGUACCUGAAAAGAUUGACAUACAAUUUAACUAAAGAAAAAAAACUAAAUAGAAUAAUGUUAAACUGUCAUGUGCACUUUUAUGUGACCCAGAUUUUAAUCAUGUCAGGUGAUUAGUGACUGUACCAACUCAAAUUAUAUUAAUCAUUUUUAUAAUCUUAAUUUAGUCAAUAAUUGCCAUUGUAUUGCUACAAUAAAAUGACAUCAUAUAACCUUUAUCAAAGUGGAAACUGGAAUACAUUUACAUGUCAUUACAUUGUUGUAAUGUGUGAAAAAGAAUAAAGAAAAAUCAUCUCACACACAAAAUAAUGAAAUGUGGGAACUGCGGGGGUUGGAGUUUAAUUAAUUUGAGAGGACUAGGUCUCAUAUAGCCACUGACAAGCUGACUCAUAGUCCUGUCUCUCUAAAUCAUCAGAUAAUACAAAUGUACCUGUAAUUAGCCCAAUAUAAUUGCAUUGUUUUUUAAUUACGCCUACCAUCCAAAUAAUAUAUUCUUGUGUAGAUGAGAUAUUUUGCCCACCUAUCAUUAUUAUUAUUAUUAUUAUUAUUAUUAUUAUUAUUAGUUUGUUUAUUAUUAUUUUAUGGAAAUUACAGUUUGGCAAUAUGUAAAAUCCCAUCAAAAAAAUCACGCUAAUAGACUAACUUGGCGAGUAUCACCCGUGAGUAUCUCUUGGAUGUUAUGGGAUGGGAGUGUGCUUUUCUGGCCCCAUAAACUCUGCACAUUAAAAGUACACAGCCCGUGGUGCACUGUAAGCACACCAGCUGUCCAGAGUCCACACGCCUUUUGGAGACAUGCCCGUGAAAAGUGUUUAGCACCUGAACGCAUCAUCCUGGGGCCACUAUGCUGUCUGGAAAAACUAUCAAACUGAUCAUAUAUGAAAUCGUGGAGUUUGCCGCUCUCGUUUCCCCGCUGUUUGUGGUUUUGGAGAGAUUUGCAGCUCUGCUCCGGGAUGUAAACUACCGGGACUGGACCACGUAUUGGCUGAUCGUGGCCGUAUCCGUCGCGUACGUGACCACCGUGACGCUGGUGGCGUGGGCUCCUCUGGAGUAUAUGGUCCUGAAGGGGCGCAGGUUCAUCACCGAAAUCUCACAAUGGAGACCCACAGUCCUGCUUUAUCUUGUCCUCUCCUCAGCUCCAUGUUUUGGGAUUCUUCUUGCCAGUUCCAAGGUGCAGGUGGACGCAGCGUUGAGACUGGACCAUUUUGCAGAGCUGCCUGUUUCUUUGGUGCUCUUUUCAAUGAUUUGUGUCGACAUUGUGGAAAAACUACGGCCCCAUCGCCUCCUGGGACGAACGGAUGACUUCGACGAUCCUUAUUUGGGCAUGUCCAGUCCUGUACUCACUCACCUGGUGACCACCGUCACCACCGUCUCAGGCCAAAUGUCCUCUGACCCCGCUCAAACCGAACACACCCCCAAUGGAGUGGCCCAUCCUGAACCCGAAGUCCGCAAUGGUGCCCCCUCUGGCAGACAGCAGGACAGCACCCCUACUCAACCAGUGUACACCCGUAGACCCACCAACACCGAUUAUUUGUACUCAACCAGACCACGUGCCUAUUCUGGACCCAUGAAAAUCCUAUGGAGAAGAGACCCCAGGGCGGAGCUAUUUGUGGAAAGCUUCAUGUUUUGGUUGGAUACAGUUGAGAUGGUUCGGAUAGGAGGCAUACCUGAUGUCUUUUACUCAGGUUGGGUAUUCCCGGUCUACAUUCUCAGUUUUCUGUCAGCUUUGAGGCUGACUAUUACCCCAAACAACCCCCUCCAUUCCUUUGCAGGGGUAGUUCUUCAGGACUUUCCCUUUUUUGUCCUCCGGGUGGCGUUACUAGCUGUGUUUGGAUGUGUGACUCCAGUGUUGUUUAUGGUGAAAAACGUGAUCAUCUGUCUCUCAUAUGUCUAUUUCACAUUUCUGACCAGGUUUAAGAUAUUUAAGAGGCAAAACUUGUUCUAAACAGAGUAUGCAUUAUGGUGGACAGUAUUUUUAUAGCCCCUUAGAUGUGUAAAGAAAUCUGAAAUUAAACACAUCAAGUAAAUCAAAUGUAUAAAUAAUUUGAUAAAUUAUUAUAUAACAAUUUUCUCUGUGUCAUAAGCUAAAUUUGUUGUAUUUAUAAUUUACCUAUACUGUUAAAGCCACGAUAUGUGACUUUUCAGGCAAAAAAUAGGCUAAAAUAGAAGCAUGUUUUAUUUUUAUGCAUUCUUAUUCUGAGCAGGCUUGCGAUCUCCACAAACCUGGCUUUUAUUUGGUCUGGAAAAGGGCCUCUUCCUGCUUGUUUCCAUGGAAAUGCUGUUAACUUGGGUAUAAGCUUCCACAGUGUGGCAUAAAAUGUAUCUAUAUUCAUUGAGAAUGAUCAGAAGUGUGGUUUUAACUUUGUGUUUACAUGGAAUCUUGUCAUAUGCAGAUACUUUUAAAGCAUUUUAUUGGCAUUACAUAGCAAACAGUUCCACAAUAAACUGAGAGUAAAUGUUUAACAGAACAGUACCAGAGAUUUUAUUUUAUCUCUCUUUCCCCAAGUGAUUCCCCUUUAUUCAAUGGAUUUUGCUGUUAAUGGUUAGUUUAGUUAUAAAGUUCAAGGAGGAAUUUUUAUGGCAUGUUUGUGUUGUAUCUGAAGAAAUCUUCUCUUCAACCACAAGAGGUCAGUCAGGUAAAAAGAAAGGAAGAAAAUUUUUUGAUAUUUUGAGAUAUUGCCUGGGGAAUAUCAGAACAUUAUAACGUGGUGUGGUCAGUGUAUCAUUGCAUGUUAAGACCAAUGCCUUGGAGGAGGUCUGUGUCUCAGUGUGAUUCUAGCUUUUGGUGACUUAAAGGUGUUGCAAUAAUGUUGCUGCUUUACCUUGAAUGUUCCACAAUUUUGCAUUAAAUUUAUCCAUAUAUGUCCCAUUAUUAAUAGUAGUAAUUGUAAAAUAUACUAGUGGUCCUCAACUUUUUUAGCUCCACGGACCAGUUUUAUGUCUGACAAUAUUUUGAGGACCGGGGGCUGUGGUGGCACGGUAUGGUUUAGUCCUGGUUUAGUCCUGGUUUUAGUCCAGGUUUAGUCCAGGUUUAGUCCAGGUUUUAGACCUAGUGUAGACCUGUUUUAGUCCUGGUUUUAGACCUGGUUUAGACCUGGAUUAGUCCUGGUUUUUGACCUGGUUUCGACCUGGUUUAGUCC